AUGGUGAGUGGGGCGGGCCUGCCGGCCUCUGGAGCGCCUCAGCGCCGGCGGGCCACGGACUCGGGGACCCGGCUGGUCCUUGGGAACCUCCCUCGGGAGUGCCUCAGGCGGGCUGGGGCCUCGCUGACGGGGCGAUGGCGAAGGGGGGCUGCGGCCAUUGCCGGUCCCCGACCCCGCGCUGAGGGUGGCGGGUUUCCCCGCAGGCUUCCAGCAGCGAGGGAGGAGCCGGCUCUCGCCUUCCCGGUCACCGAACAGCAGAGGAGAGAGCUGCGAGAGGUCUUCGAGUUGUUCGACUGCGAUGGCUCGGGCCUGAUGGAUGUCAGCGACUUGAAGAUCACUGUAAAGGCUCUGGGCUGUGAAUUGAGGAAAGAAGAGAUGAGGAGAAUCAUCUCUGAAUUCAGUGAAGAAGGGUCAGGGAAGCUAAACUUCAAGUCGUUUCUGCAGGUGAUGACUCAGAAAAUGGCGGAGCCAUGUUUGGAAAAGGAGGUCUGGAAAGCUUUCAAGGUAUUUGAUUGUGAUGGCACCGGCAAGAUCUCCUUCGAGAAUCUCAAGGUGGUGGCUAGUGAGGUCGGGGAAGACAUCACAGAUGAGGAGCUGCAGGAGAUGAUUGAUGAAGCAGCUGUGGAUGGAGAUGGGGAAGUGAACAGACAGGAGUUCCUACGGAUCCUGACACUGACCGACUCAUAACUAGCAGGAUUUUCUUUUUUUCUCCCAUUCCCAUAUAAACAGGUAGUUACAAUGUCACUUCUCUCCAGCUUCCUUAUUUCUUGUUUGUUGCCUUUCUUGGGUGUCAGAACACACCCAAAUAUUGUUAAUGUUUUGUUUUGAGCAUUGAUUUUCCUGCUCCACUAGGGCAAGCAGUUUUCCACAUCUCAGCAAAAAGUGUUGUUACUAGCUUUGUGUCUGUCUGGGUUGGAUCUAAAGUCAGAGAUUAAUUCAAAUUCUUCAGCCAGUCCCUGGAAUUCUCCCUAUUGUAUUUACAUCCCGUAGCUUUUCAGCCUGUCUGGUGAGUUAGUCAAAACAUUCUUAAUCUCAGAAAAUCCUGUAUAACUCUCAAAAGUAAGUGCUUAUGGCAGAAACCUCUCUACCUUUCCUGAACUCCUGCAUUGUGCAAAGGACAAGAGUUCAAGGGCUUGGGAGCAAUUACUUUCCAUAAGGUAAUGUGCAGCUUAAGCUGUGGAUUCCCCUUCAGAAGUAACAGUAUGGGAGAAAACUGCAGUUCUGAGGCCUGGUCUCCCAUGGAUUUGUGCUUCCGUCCUGAUUAAAUGCUAAUUCAGACCGAACAUUACUGUAGUGUUGGGAUACUCACCGUUCGCUAUGGGGGAUUGUCAAAGGACCAGGGAAACAGUGGACUUUUUGUGCUAGUAAACAUGUCCCUCCUCUUCCUGCCAGCUUCUGUCCCAAAACUGGCUGGUCCUUUGUGUCUUGGAGGCUUUUACACCUUUGCAGAAGGUUAUGGAUGGUGGCCAAUGGGGCGAAAAUUAUUAGUAGGAGAAUCAGUGGAAAAAAGUAACACGGAAAAGUGACUGGAUAAGCUACAUUUUCAUAAGAAACCUGGGUAGAGUUGCUGCUGCUCUGGGCUCUUCUGUCACUGCCAGAUAUUGUUGAACCCCUCUUUGCAGCACUGCUGUGGCACGUGGGUAAAUUUCUUCCAGCUCUGGCUGUAGUCUUGAAGGAUCUUGCCAUGUUGCUGAGAGUGCAAAAAUGUGCCAGUGUUUUGAAAAGGAUGUAAAAAAACCCUGAAAAGUUUGCUGAGAAGAGCCUCAGAAAAUCAUUGCUGUCUUAGAAAGUAUGUCUUACACUGAGAGAAUUAAACAGCUCGGUCUGUAACGAUUAUAUGAAGUUACCUGUAUAAUAAGAAGCUAUAUAAGAAGAACAUACCAUCUGAAAAGCUCCUGAACCUGAUGGAGACAAACCUGUCAGCAUCCAGGGGCUGGAAGUGAGCUCCUCAACUACAGGAGAGAAAUAAAG